GACUUGGCCGCGGGCCCGGGAGCGCGCCCCGCAGGCGCGCGUGCGCGCGUGUGUGUAGGCCGCACCUGCGGGCGGGAGCCGCCGGCUCGGAGCCUGCCCGGGGUGGCUGCCCCACCCUGCGCUACGCCGCAGCUCCGCCCCGAGCGUCCCCAGCCGUCCCCGCCUCCGCCAGCACCCGCCUGCCGGGGCGCUUCGAUUCCCUCUCCCACCGCGCCUGCGAGGGGCGGGGUAGGGCACGCCCCCUGCUUCCAACUCACUUUCGGUCGCGUAGGCGGCUCAGGCGGCUGUGGCGGGGAUGGUGGCAGCGCCUGCUUCUGCCGCUGUCUCUGGGGGACUCCUGCUCGGGCGUGAGGCCGAGGCCCCGGAGCGAUGGCGUGAGCAAACCAACAACAAUAAAAAAAUCCCAACACACGUGUUCUGCUUUCUUCUUUCCUGGAAAUGUUGCUCGCCGGUACCGAAAUGCGCUGACGGAGAAGGCGCGGUGGGAAGAUAAACUCGGCCUUAUCUUACGUGCAGUCGGCUGGGAGCCUGGGUGGGACGCACUGAUAAGGAGCUGCAGCUGUAUAAAGGCAGAGGGAAGUAAGAAGCCACGGUGCUAGGGAGCGGAGCAGUAUGGAGGUGGUGAUCCUGAGGCUGAAAGGUGCGGAGAACAGCGAGCCUUGCUCUGUCGGCCAAAGGAGUUACGGCGGCAGGGUGAUGACAACAACAGCAGCUCUCAAAGCCUGUUAAAUAAAUACAUGAAACGAUGUCUGUGCUGCCUGUGAGCGUUGUUAUUUCUGGUCCAUCUUGCUUUGCUCCGGAGGAAGGUGAGGUCGCACCUGAGAGCCGCUCCGCCCCAAUGCAUGGUGCUUGCCACCUCGCUUCCACUCUGUCUCUGAACGUCGGCCACCUCCCCCUGCCCCGCAGGGCUUUCCUGUGAGUGUGCGCUCCCUGGGCUCCUUGGAGAGGAGUGGGAGGGAAAACUUUCUACCCUGAGAAAAUCUGGCAAAGGGGAAGGAAUUACCAUAGUUUAAACGUCUCCCAUUCCUGGAGCUCCAUUAGGUCACUGCAAUGAACCCAGUGCUGCCUCCUAGGCCCCCGUGUUAGGAAGAAGGCCAAUCACCCCAGGGUAGAUGGAACAGUUCUGGUUACACUUCCUUUACAAGGUAGGCGAAGAGGUGCUGGGCAUGACAGACGAGCAGAGCCCAGUGAAGGGCUGGGGGAGAUGUCCUGGGCAUGUCCAAUGCCAAAAUUACCUUCUGGUCACUGCACUGCUGCCCUGCUCCUCCAUAAAAACUUUCCUCUUAGUCUCUCCAUUCCCCCGCUUUGGCUUAGCUGUCCCAUUUACCUCCAGAUAAACCUUUUCAAACGUGUUUAUUUUGUCUAUCAGUCAGGUUUCAUGGCCAAACGGGCCACAAUCCUGACAGGAAUCUUGGGGCCCCUGGGAAGGCAGGAGAGCUGGGGGGAAUCUACAGACUGGGGGCAUCAUUUAGAUAUUUCCCGGGGCUGCCUGAGGACCAGGAGGGUAGCUAUAAGAUUCGAGGCGUCACUCAGACAUUUUCCGGGGGCUGCCGACGUCCAAACAGAGGCGAACAAAGCCGGUUUCACGAAGCCGGCCGGUCUCUGGGCCCGUUCCCCCUCCGGCCGGCAGGAGGCGCUGGCGCGGGGGGGCGGGGCCGGGGGCGGGGCAGGCGCGUGCGCGGCGUGCGGCGGUGCCAUAUGCGCGGGGCGGCGCGCGGGGCGGCGCGCGGUCAGCGGUGAGGGGUCGCGCGCGCCGGUGCCGCCGCCAUGGGCAAGAAGCAGAAGAACCGCAGCGAGGAGAGUGCAAAAGAUGAUAUUGACAUUGAUGCCCUUGCUGCUGAGAUAGAAGGUGCAGGAGCUGCAAAGGAUCAAGAGCCUCAGAAAGCCAAAGGCAAAAAGAAAAAAGAGAAGAAGAAACAAGAUUUUGAUGAAGAUGAUAUCCUGAAGGAGCUGGAGGAACUGUCAAUAGAGGCGCAAGGAGGGAAAGUUGACAGGGAACAACCUUCUACAGGAAAGAUUGAAAAUGACAAUGAAGAAAGCUUAUCAAAACAAGAUAAAAAAAGAAAAGGAAAGAAUAAAAAAGCCAAUCUGGAAAAUGACUAUGACAGUGAGGAAGAGGAAGAUAAAGAUAAAAAAUCUAAAAAAACUCAGAAGGCAAAACAAGACAUGCUUUCUGGCAGUGAUGAUGAUGAUCAUGAGACACAUCCUAAGAAGAACAAAGGGAAAACUCAGAAGUCAAAUAAAAAACGUGAUUUGUCAGAAGAAGAUGAAACUAACAUUAAGAAAAGCAAAGAGCGUGGGGGAGGAGUGUCUACAGGCGAGAGUGGUGAUGAAUCAGAUGGGGUUUCCCAAUCUAGAAAAGCACAAAAGAAAAACCAAAAGCCAAAGUCUGCUCCUGCUGCAGAGAGUGGGGAUGAUGAUGAAGAACCUUCAUUCAAAGUAAAAACAGUGGCUCAGAAGAAGGCAGAAAAAAAAGAACGUGAAAGAAAAAAACGUGAAGAAGAAAAAGCCAAAUUGAGGAAGCAGAAAGAGAAGGAAGAAUUAGAAGGUGGUAAAGAACCAGCAAAGCCAAAGGAAUCUCUAAAAAAAGCCGAAGAGAAGGCUUCUUCUGAAGCUACAGCAAUCCCUGGCCCUGGGGAGAAAGGAGAGACUGCUGCAGGAACAGAAGCUGAUGAUAAUGAGGGGGACAAAAAGAAAAAGGACAAGAAAAAAAAGAAAGGUGAGAAAGAAGAAAAAGAGAAAGAGAAGAAGAAGGGUCCCAGUAAAGCCACAGUUAAAGCCAUGCAAGAGGCCUUGGCUAAAAUGAAAGAGGAGGAGGAAAGGGCAAAAAAAGAGGAGGAAGAACGCAUAAGACGACUGGAGGAACUUGAAGCAAAACGCAAAGAGGAGGAACGAUUAGAGCAAGAGAGGAAAGAAAGAAAGAAACAGAAGGAAAAAGAGAGGAAGGAGCGUUUGAAGAAGGAGGGAAAGCUUUUAACAAAAACUCAGCGAGAAGCCAGAGCCAGAGCGGAGGCUACUCUUAAACUACUCCAAGCUCAGGGUGUUGAAGUGCCAUCCAAAGACUCUGUGCCAAAGAAGAGGCCGAUAUAUGAAGACAAAAAGAGAAAGAAGCAGCAGCAGCCAGAAAAUAAAGAAGUUUCAGAAAGUGUGGAGGUAACUUCCCCAGCCGAAGAUGCUGCAGAACUGGAAACACCAGUGAAAGAAGAGGCUCUUCUUCCUGUAGAUCCAGUUUCAGAAGAAAAGGAGGAAGAAGACGAAACAGAAGAUGCAGGUCUGGAUGACUGGGAAGCCAUGGUUAGUGAUGAAGAUGGAGAGAAAGAGAGCAAACCUGUCCAUAUAGAAGUCAAAGAACAAAAUGAAGUCGAUGAGGAAGAGGAGGAGGAAGAUGAAGAGGAGGAAGAGGAAGAAGAGAGUGAAGAAUCUGAAGACAGUGAAGGCAGUGAAGAUGAAGAUGAAAAGACUUCAGAUGAGAGAGAGCCAGACUCCCAAGCUAUUGGAAAACAAUCUAUGGAAAAAAAGCCUAGCAAGGAAAUUAGCUCUGAUUCUGAGUAUGACACUGAUGAUGACCGCACUAAGGAGGAGCGUGCUUAUGACAAAGCUAAACGGAGAAUUGAGAAGCGACGAGCUGAAAACAGCAAAAAUAUGAACACUGAAAAGCUCAGAGCACCCGUUAUCUGUGUCUUGGGACAUGUAGACACAGGCAAGACCAAAAUUUUAGAUAAGCUCCGCCACACUCAUGUGCAGGACGGUGAAGCUGGUGGUAUCACUCAGCAGAUUGGUGCAACUAAUGUUCCUCUCGAAGCUAUUAAUGAACAAACCAAGAUGGUGAAAAAUUUUGACAGAGAGAAUAUAAAAAUUCCAGGCAUGCUGAUAAUCGACACUCCAGGACAUGAGUCUUUCAGCAAUCUAAGAAAUAGAGGAAGCUCACUUUGUGAUAUUGCUAUACUUGUAGUUGACAUCAUGCAUGGUUUGGAACCACAGACAAUUGAAUCAAUAAAUCUGUUGAAAUCAAAGAAAUGCCCCUUUAUAGUAGCUCUCAACAAGAUUGAUAGGUUAUAUGACUGGAAAAAAAGUCCAGAUACAGAUGUAGCUGUCACCUUAAAGAAGCAGAAAAAAAAUACGAAAGAUGAAUUUGAAGAACGUGCAAAAGCUAUCAUAGUGGAAUUUGCAAAACAGGGCUUGAACGCUGCCUUGUUUUAUGAGAAUAAGGAUCCCCGCACUUUUGUUUCUCUUGUACCUACCUCUGCUCACACAGGGGAUGGCAUGGGAAGUCUGAUAGCUCUUCUCGUUGAGCUCACACAAACCAUGCUGACCAAGAGACUGGCUGAGUGUCAGGAGCUGAGAGCUCAAGUCAUGGAGGUUAAAGCACUGCCAGGCAUGGGCACUACCAUAGAUGUUAUUCUAAUUAAUGGACGUCUGAGAGAAGGAGACACCAUUAUUGUUCCUGGAGUGGAAGGUCCUAUUGUAACUCAGAUUAGAGGUCUGCUGCUGCCUCCUCCUAUGAAGGAGCUACGAGUUAAGAACCAGUAUGAAAAGCACAAAGAGGUUGUUGCUGCUCAAGGCGUGAAGAUUCUUGGGAAGGAUUUGGAAAAAACCUUGGCUGGUUUGCCAUUGCUUGUAGCUCAUAAAGAGGAUGAAGUCCCAGUCCUGAAGGAUGAACUAAUACAUGAACUGAAGCAAACACUGAAUGCAAUCAAAUUAGAAGAGAAAGGUGUUUAUGUCCAGGCUUCUACCUUAGGCUCUUUAGAGGCAUUACUUGAAUUUCUUAAAACAUCAGAAGUGCCAUAUUCAGGAAUUAAUAUAGGUCCUGUCCAUAAAAAAGAUGUUAUGAAGGCAUCAGUUAUGUUGGAGCAUGACCCACAGUACGCCGUCAUCCUGGCCUUCGAUGUGAGGAUUGAACGUGACGCACAGGAGAUGGCUGACAGCUUAGGAGUUCGGAUUUUUAGUGCUGAAAUAAUUUAUCACUUGUUUGAUGCCUUCACAAAAUAUAGACAAGACUACAAAAAACAGAAACAAGAGGAAUUCAAGCAUAUAGCAGUAUUUCCAUGCAAGUUGAAAAUACUCCCUCAGUUCAUUUUCAACUCUCGUGACCCAAUAGUGAUGGGUGUUGUGGUGGAGGCCGGCCAGGUGAAGCAGGGGACUCCCAUGUGUGUACCUAGCAAAAAUUUUGUUGAAAUUGGAAUAGUUACAAGUAUUGAAAUAAACCACAAACCAGUGGAUGUUGCAAAGAAAGGCCAAGAAGUAUGUGUUAAAAUAGAACCUAUUCCUGGGGAAUCACCUAAAAUGUAUGGACGACAUUUUGAAGCAACAGAUAUCCUCGUCAGCAAGAUCAGCCGUCAGUCCAUCGAUGCUCUGAAGGACUGGUUCAGGGAUGAGAUGCAGAAGUCUGACUGGCAGCUUAUAGUAGAACUGAAGAAAGUGUUUGAAAUCAUCUAGAUAACUUUUACAGCAAUGGGGAAGCAGGAAUAAAUGCACUCUUCCUGUUAUAAAAAUGUUACCAACAAAGUCCUAUAUUGAAGACAGUGUUGGAUAUAUGUUUGGGAGGAAAAUAUGUGGAUAAAAUGUUUUCCAUGAGAAACCAAGAAAUUUACACUGGUUUGACAGUGGUCAAUUUACAUGUUCCCAUGGUUCCAAUGUGCCUGUUCACUUCUCCUACUACCCCUCCUAAUACUGGCUGCUGUUUUAAAGUUUGCCCUUCCCUCUCUUACACCUUCCUUCUACCCUUUUUCCCUCCUUCUCUCCAAAAUAAAUUGAAUUUUUAUUACAGAACUAAAGCUCUUUCACUUUUAUACUGACGAGAGCAGUACUGCAGUAUUUGAUUAAACAAGCUUCUGCAGCCUUUGUGAUUCUCGGGACAUUUUUGAUGUAAGAAAUAUUUCUUUAUUUAUGCAUACCUCUUUCCUUGACUUUCUUUUCCAACAUUCUUCUGCUUUGUGCCUAUAGAGUUUUUGUUUUUUUUUUAAUAAUAGAAAAAUUAGGCAAUUGGAGAUCUCUGUAUUUGCUUUGUGUGAAACAAUGUUGUAAAGCAUAGCUGCCCACCUUCUACUGCUUGUACAGUUCAUGGAAGUCAACCUGUAAUCAUUAUAAUGCAGAGCCACAAAUAAAAGAGAUGGACAUAGCAGACCAUUUGUUUAACAGUUUGCUUCGGUAAUCAAAUCAUGGGCUGUGGCAAAUGUGGAAAGGCCAGGCAGGGGCCCUCUUACCUCCCUCUGCUUGGCAAAAGGCCUCCAGCAAAGGUGUUUCCUCCUCUGAAUGCACUUCCUGUGUGCUCAAGGUGGUGAUGUCAGCGCUCCCGAGGCACGGGAGGGGCCGGCCAGGUGUUUAGCACACAACUCCCGGAGGAGGUCAGAGCUGGCAUCUCUUCUCCAGCUGCUGCUCAGGGCUGUGAGCACCUGCAAACAAACAGCUGCCAACCCGGGAGCUGUGACUUUGGAUGCUACAUCACUGUGGAGUCACCUGACAGCAUGGGACUGAACCGGCUCCAGCGUGGAUGGUUGUGAUGAGCAGGAGUCAGGCUGUAAUCCCAGCGUUUUCCUACCCUCCCCUUCCCCUCUGCCUCCCUGCCUGGGAUGACAGCUUGAUGUCUUCCUACUAACGCUGUCUCUGGGUAACUCACAGCUCAUGGUGACAGGAGCAAAACAAACACUCUUCAAAAGCACAAGCUGAAACAAAAUUGAGGAUUGUUUAUGCAGCUGAGAUUUUUAGCAUUUAAGAUACUUACAAGAGUUUAACAUGCAACAUGCAGUUUGAUCAGAUUUCUUCUGUCACUUGGAUUACUUUUUUUUGUUGGAAAAAUCUGAAUGUUAUGAUUGAGACUAUGUGGACUCCAUUACAAAGGAACAUUUAAUAACUCACCUCCUUUGCAAAUGGAAUUUAACUUUCUGGAUUUUUUUGUUAAGACUUUAAACUUACCAUUGAAAAGGACCUUUUCACUAUGGUUGGUGUGUGAUGCAACUUCCCAUCUGUGGGUGAAUUAUCAGAGGGAGGAGACUGCAUUUAAUUGUUAAAAUUUUCUUUUGCAAACUAUGCAAUCAUGAAAACUACACUAAUAAAAAGUUCUUAAGAACACAGAUGUCAGA